AAACGGUUUGUCGCAUUCGACGUGUUUGGACGUGUUGUUCUAAGCAAGUUGGGAUGAAAUGUUUUAAGAAAAAGAGAUGAAAGCGUCUUGAUUGUGUUUUUACAAUGGUACUUAGAGGAGGUGACCACAUAACAUUGAAUGUAGAUUCUUCCUAUAAUCAGGAUCCAACCAAGAAAUCAAAAAGUUUGCGAAGACUUUGGAGGCAAUUGUCCCGGUGUCAAAGAAGUACCAUUUACAUAUUUGGUGCAUUUAUCAUAUGUGGCCUAUUUUAUGUAGUGACAGAUAAUGAUGCUAAAACUUCAGUGGUUAAUCAACCUGAGGAUGUGGAAAUUCCUAAAAAGGAUGUCCUUGUGAAUAUGAGGAAUGAUCCAAGGGAUGUGGAUAAUGAGUUGCCUCCAAAUAUAGGUCCACAGGAAAACCAUGUGUUAGAAGAACCUGAAGAUACUCGUAAUGUUGACAUCAAUGUCAAUAACCUUAGUCCACAUAUAUUUUCUAGUAAAGUUACAAAGAGACAAGAAGCAGUUAUAGAUGCUUUUAAGCAUGCUUGGAAAGGAUAUAAAACUUAUGCAUGGGGUCAUGACCAUCUGAAACCCAUAUCUGAAGGUUAUCAUGAUUGGUUUGGCUUAGGUCUAAGCAUUGUAGAUUCACUAGAUACUAUUUAUAUAAUGGGACUUAAAAAUGAAUUUCAAGAGGCACGUGAUUGGGUUGACAAACAUUUACAUUUUGAUAUUAACAGGGAUGUUAAUUUGUUUGAGGUAACAAUCCGCGUUUUGGGAGGAUUGUUAAGCAUUUAUCAUUUAUCUGGCGAUAGAAUGUUUCUUAAUAAAGCUAUAGACUUGGGCGAUAGACUCUUACCUUGUUUCGAAUCGGAGUCCAGUGUGCCUUUUUCCGACAUCAAUUUGUUCACUCGAAAAGCGCACGCACCGAAAUGGUCCCCGGAUAGUAGUACUUCUGAAGUGACCACGAUACAAUUGGAGUUCAGAGACUUAAGUAGAGCAUCAGGAAACCCCAAAUAUGAGAAAGUUGUUGCUAAUGUUUCGAGGCACGUACACGGAUUGGAGAAAACAGAUGGUUUAGUUCCUAUAUUUAUUAACGCAAAUACAGGCCAGUUUAGAUCGUAUUCUACAAUUACGCUCGGCGCGCGCGGAGAUAGUUAUUAUGAAUAUCUUUUGAAGCAAUGGGUGCAAACAGGGAAAACGAUGGAUUACCUAAGAGAUGAUUAUAUGGAAGCUAUAUCAGGUGUUGAAAAACAUUUGGCCAAAAGGACUGCGCCGAACGGAUUUCUAUUUAUAGGUGAACUGUUGGUCGGAGGGAAAGAUUUCAAGCCGAAGAUGGAUCAUUUGACUUGUUACUUACCCGGUACUUUGGCUCUCGGAACGCACGUGGGUCUUCCCAAUGAUCAUUUGAAAUUGGCCGAAGAGCUACUCACUACGUGCUACCAAACCUACGCCCAGCAGCCUACAUUCUUGGCUCCCGAAAUAACGUAUUUCAAUAUCCAAGGCGAGAACUCUAAUGAUAUGUACGUUAAGAGCAACGAUGCGCAUAAUCUUCUUCGACCAGAGUUCAUCGAAAGUCUGUGGUACAUGUACCAAUUCACAGGCAAUAGCACUUAUCAGGAUUGGGGCUGGCAGAUUUUCCAAGCAUUCGAAAAGUAUACUAGGGUUGCGAACGGAUACACGUCAAUUGGCAACGUUAAGAAUGCGGCGAACGUUCGUCCGAAGGACAUGAUGGAAUCCUUCUUUCUUAGUGAAACUCUAAAGUAUUUGUACUUGUUAUUUAGCGAUGAUACAAAGUUAUUAGAUCUAGAUAAAUUCGUAAUCAAUUCUGAGGCGCAUCCGCUACCGAUUUAUCAAACUUAAUAUUUUAGUUGCAAUAUUGAACAGUUGUAAUCUAGUCGUUAUUAUUUUAUUUGUCAGUGACUGAUUAGGAGUUUUAGGUCUUAAAAUUCUGCACAACAUAUUUACAUUUCUUCUUUUUUGUUUGUUUGUUCUCUGAUUCGGGGCCAAUUCAUUCCAAGCUCUCUACUGUUAGUAGUAGCGAGAUAGAACUGCCAGGGUUUUAUUUUACUUUAAUCUUGGUGUUUAAACCUCACAUGUAUCACACCUGUAAUUGAUCGUUUAUUCUCAAUUCUUG